UCACAUCUCUCCUCACCUCGAACCACUCUCUGCAAUCCAAUCAAUCCUCCUUCUCUUCCUCUUUUGAUCCUUUUCAUUUCACGCUCUAAGAUCAUGGGUGUUUUCACUUACGAGCAGGAGAUCACUUCUUCAGUUCCCCCGGCCAAGAUGUUCAAGGCCGCUGUCCUUGAUGCUGACAACCUCAUUCCCAAGGUCAGGCCUCAAGCUAUCAAGUGCGUGGAAGUCAUUCAAGGAGACGGAGGCCCUGGAACCAUCAAGAAGAUUCACUUUGGUGAAGGCCACAAAUUCAAAAGCAUGACACACCGGAUUGAUGCGAUUGACAAAGAGAAAUUCUCACUCUGCUACACUGUGAUCGAGGGGGAUGUUUUGACUGACGGCGUUGAAUCAAUUUGCCAUGAGCUCACAGUGGUGCCUGCUCCAGGUGGAGGAUCCAUCUACAAGAACACCAGCAAGUACCACACCAAGGGCGCUGAGGUCUGUGAAGAGCACGUUAAGGGUGGCAAAGAGGAUGCUCUCGCAACGUUCAAGGCUAUUGAAGCCUACGUCCUGGCCCAUCCUGAUGCCUAUUAAGUUUCCUGUCAUGUUCUAUUGAGUAAGAGAUACUAGUCUCUUGAGUGCUCUACCUUCAUAGCAUCAGUCAACGUGUGGACGUUUUGUGUUUAUGCCAUAUGGCCAAAGUAGCCUCGGCUUAAAAAUAAGAUUUUCCUAGGUGUGAACCUUGGUGUACUUGUAAUGUUUUGUUGGAAUGAAGAGUCAUGGUUGUAUUACCUCAAUAAAUAUAAUGAAAAUCAUCUUCUUAUGUUGUAUUACCUUAA